AUGGGAUCAUGGGUGUGGCCUUUUGCCAGAAAUGAGACGAAGGAAAGACGACCCAAGUUCGUCGAGCUUAGGUCGUCGAAAUGGUUCAUCAUGUUCGUCGUCUCAUUUGCUACGGGGACUGACAUCUUCAUGUACGGCCUUAUCGUGCCAGUAACACCCACUGCGUUACAAGAUAGAGCGGGCAUCUCUGAGGGGAAUGUCCAAAGUUGGACUUCGAUUCUUCUCGCGCUGUACUCGGCCGCUUUGUUGGCCUCGGCGCCUGUUGUCGGGUACUUCGCUGAUCGAGCAGAGUCUCGUCGAUGGCCUUUGCUGAUUGGUCUCGUUGCGCUGGCUGCGGCGACUGCGUUGCUCUGUGUUGGAACAAACAUCGCUCUAUGGAUCGUUGGGCGCCUGUUUCAGGGUGUUGCCGCUGCGAUAGUGUGGACAGCUGGCCUGGCACUGAUGGUAGAUACCAAUGGGGCAGAGGACCUUGGUCAAGCUAUUGGAUGCGUGUCUAUGGCUAUCAGCUUUGGCACCUUGGCUGGACCUCUACUUGGUGGUGUUGUCUACGAAAAGGGUGGAUAUUAUGCCGUUUUUGGUCUCGCAUUUGGAUUCAUUGCGCUGGAUAUCAUCUUGCGACUGAUAUUAAUCGAAAGACGACAUGCUCUGAAAUGGCUUGAACCGGAAAUGACACCGCUCUCGGUAGCUGCACAGCAACCUACAGGGGAGAAACCGCAGCACACCCUGGAAACCCCUUCCCCUUCGAGCAAGUGCUCUGAAACCGACGAAUCACAAAAACCUUCUCCUCCUUCCCGGAGUGCGCUUGGGCGUGUCGCCAUUCUGCUGAGCUCCCCACGCCUCGUUGUAUCUGUUUGGGGAUACUUCAUAAUCUCACUCGUUCUCACUUCCUUCGACAGCGUCCUUCCGCUCUUCGUGAAAGAUACCUUUGGAUGGCAACCGAGUGGUCAGGGACUGAUCUUCAUUCCGCUCAUGGUACCACACCUCUUGGAUCCAGUAACAGGUUUUAUAAUCGACAAAUACCCUAAAUCUUGUCGUUACAUUUCCGCAGGGGCCUUCCUUGCUUCUGUUCCUGUGGUAGUGCUCCUGCGUCUUGUCACAGACAACUCGAUGCAACACAAGAUCCUCCUGUGUGCUCUUCUCGCUCUUCUCGGGCUGUGCUUUGCCGUUGCUAUGCCGCCUCUCAUUGCGGAGGUCUUCUUUGCUGUCAAGGAAAAGGAGGACGAAUCUCCUGGCAUCUUUGGCCGAGGAGGAGCUAUGGCUCUAGCGUUCGGGAUUUCGAACAUGGGUUUCGCAUCGGGCAGUCUCGUCGGGCCAUUCUUUGCAGGGUUCAUUCGCCAACACGCUGGUUGGGGGACGAUGGGAUGGGCCCUGGGAAUAAUUGCUGGGGCGUCGUCUAUCCCUACUUUGCUAUUCUUGGGUGGCUGGAUAUUAAGAAAGCCGGUCAAGUCUGAGGAAGAAGCUCGAGUGACCCACACCGUCUCUGAUCAUCCAGUUGAUGGAUUCAACGAAAAGGAGAAAGAAGCUGUGUGA